AUGGAAGACGGAAACAACAACGAAAACCCAUACUCGCAGGUGCCCUUCGGCAAGCCUAUGCGAGAUGCUCAUUUCCUCUUCUCAGAAGGCUACACCAACCUAAAUCAAGGUUCGUACAGCACCCCGCCCCGCCUAGGACAGACCCCUGAGAGUUCUCACGACGACGACGAGGAGGAGGAGGAGGAGGAGGAGGAGGAGGAGGAGGGCCAGGAGGAGGACCAGGAGGAGAUGUCCACUUCUUUCUACCUUGUCAGGAUUCUGUCUGGCAGUGAACGAUCUAACGACUGUCACCACAUGGCAGAAGGGGAGCCGGACCAAUUCAUUCGGUACACUUAUCCAGAACUCCUGCGGCGGAGUCGGGCCUUGUUGGCCGAGAUUCUUCACUGUCCCGUCGACGAGUUGGUUUUGUGUCCCAACGUCACGACCGCCACCAACACGGUGCUCCACAACCUUCAGUGGGAAGGAGGGGACAAGAUCAUCUACACAUCCGGCGUGUAUGGGGCGCUAGAAAAGACGAUUGAGUAUAUCGUCGAGUCGACUCCUGCCGAGAGCGUCAAGGUCGACCUCGACCUCCCUCGCAGCGACGACGACAUUGUCCAGCUCUUCCGCGACACCUUGCGACGGGAAAAGCGAGGGUGUGAGACGAAGAACGACCACGACAACGGACCCGAUCCAAAACCACAUGGGGGAGGGAGAGGGAGAGUCCGAAUAGCGGUCUUCGACACCAUCGUCAGCAUGCCCGGCUUGCGCAUGCCCUUCGAGCGGCUGAUCCAGGCAUGUCGAGACGAAGGCGUACUGAGUCUGGUCGACGCUGCCCAUGGCAUCGGACACAUCCCGCUCAACCUGAGCGAGCUGGACCCUGACUUCCUAGUCACCAACUGUCACAAAUGGCUAUUUGUACCGCGGUCCGUGGCAGCAUUUUUCGUCGCCACGAGGAACCAGCAUCUGAUUCGCACCACGCUGCCCACUUCGCACGGCUUCUCGCCACGAGACCGAGGAGAUGGCAGCGACAUCUUCGACCCGAUGCCUGCAUCCGCCGAGACAAACCCCAUGGUUAGGCAAUUUGAGUAUUUCGGCACCAUCGACGGAGCCCCGUACUGCUGCAUCGACGCCGCCCUCCGGUUCCGCGACCAGGUCUGCGGCGGUGAAGCUGCCAUUCGCGACUACUGCACCGCCCUGGCCAGACAGGCCGAACAGACCCUCGUCCGCGUCCUCGGCACCCAGUCGUUUGGCAUCCCCGAAUCCCAUCGCGUCUUCUUCGCCCAUGUCCGCCUGCCCAUCCAGGUCGGCGCCGCAAAAGGAGAGGUGCCCCCGAGCGACGUGCCGGCCGUCACGCAGUUCAUGAAUCGUGAAUUCGUGCAAACAUACAGAACCUUCUUGUACCUGUUGUUCUACAAGGGUGCAUGGUGGGCUCGCCUGAGUGUCACCGUCUAUGUCGACCUGAAGGAUUGCGAAUUUGCCGCCCAAGUCCUGCGAGAUCUGAGUGAAAGGGUCCGUAGAGGAGAAUACAGACAUGGACAUCCCAACCCCAAGUAA